AUGGCCCCAAAACAGCGCUCCCAAACUCCUCGACAAUCUGGCGUCGCCAACUCCUCCGAGUCAAUCCUUCCCCAACAGCAGGCCACGACUACACUCUUUUCCGACCAACCAGCCAAAGAUCGCCGUCGCCGACAGAGAGAAAGUCCGCGACCCAUAUCUUUUACUCAGUCGCCUUCUCAAGACACGAUUGCCUUGAGCCGAUCACCUAUAGUGUCCGACUCGCCUGCCUCACCGGUCGAAGGCGCUGCUCACGGUUUCUCUUCUCGUCGUGAAAGCUCUUCCACCAUGAGGACAUCAUCCAUUUCUCUCGACAUGGUGCCCACUUGUACACCAACAGGCCGCAUUAGCAAGGCAAAGAAAGGCAAACGUGUCCAUGCUUGCGAGUUUCCCGGGUGUGGAAAGGUCUUUACGCGGGCAGAGCACAGAAGGAGACAUGAACUCAAUCACAAUCCUGAAGCACUCUUCCCCUGCACUCGUCCUGGAUGUCGAAAGGCAUUCCAUCGUAUGGAUCUUCUUCAACGUCAUCAGGAAAGACAUGAUCUGGAGAGCGCAGCUGAUGCUUCCUCCUCUGCACACAUGGGCCAGAUGGCACAGGUCUCAGUCACUUCAGAACCUUCUUCUGUGAUGCCUGCUCCUGUCAUGACCAGCCCUCAAGCCGAUCGAAGUGCUCCAAGAUCUUCUUCUGGAGGUCUCUCCAUCGGUUCUCUCGUUCAUGCGAGUUGA